UGCUAACUGCUUGUCAGUCGUUCUUUUUAUAGAAACGAAAAUGGGCUUUUCUAACCAGGAUAUUUACAUUUACAGAAAACAGUUCGGUGUAAAUUUGGGUGCCUGGUUCGUGCAGGAACGAUGGAUAAACGAUUCUUUGUUUGAAGGACCUGGCGACAGUGAGUUAGAUGCUGUCCAAAGUGUUGUUCAGAAACACGGAAUAGACGGAGCACGCGGCCUAUUUGAAAACCAUUGGAAUUCUUGGAUUACCACGAACGAUUUUUCCUACCUUCAGCAGUUAGGUGUCAAUACUGUUCGUAUACCUAUCGGAUACUGGACACUUGGACAAAACCAGUUUUUGCAAGGGACACCGUUUGCCCAAUAUACUGGAGUCUACCAAAACAGCCUUAAUAUCUUGGUUCAAAAGAUUCAAGAAGCGGCGAGCAAAUCGAUUGGCGUCUUGGUUGACUUUCAUGGUGUGUAUGGACAAGCAAACGGUGGUUCUCACUCAGGAACCUCUUCUGGAAAAGUGGAAUUUUUUAGCAAUCCUCAAAAUCAACAAAGGAUGGUAUCCGCUCUUCAAUACGCUGCCUCUGUCUUACAGAGUCAACCAAAUCUCGUCGGUAUUGAGGUGAUAAACGAACCAGAAUGGGGACAGUAUGAUGUACUAAAUUCCUAUUACCAAAAUGCUAGAAAAGUGAUACCCUCUUAUUUGCCUACAUACAUUGGCGAUGGCUGGGACAAAGACCAUUGGGUGAACUGGGUGAAUGGACAAGAAAACAAUGGCCUUUAUAUUGUUGAUCAUCACAGUUAUUUCUGUUUUGGAGGUGAUUUGGUGAACCAGUCCCCUAAGACAAUCACCGAUAAGCUCAAUUCAGGAGAGGAAUAUGAUAAAACAUCACUUUCUAACCUUAUUGUGGGUGAGUGGAGUUGUACACUUACCGAUCAGUCAUGGCAAAAAACUAAGCUGCAUCAAUACAGACGCAAACAGCUCGGAAAGGCACAAGUAAGUCAAUAUCUAAACAACACUGGAGGAUCUCACUUCUGGACUUACAAAUUCCUCCAUGGAAAAGAUGGAGACUGGGAUUUCCGGCUUGAAAAUGAGGAUAAAGUAGUACGUUAUCCCACAAAGCUUCCAAGCGCCAGUAAUUCAAUGCCAUGCAAACUUAGUAAAAGCCGGAAACAAAACUAUGCUGGUCACUGUUAUUAUUGGGACCACUUGCACCCAGGUGGUCAAUACGAUCACGAACUUUACGUUAAGGGUUGGAAUCAAGCAUGGAACGAUCACGUAACGUUCCUUCAUCAAGGUGCUCUUCUAGGAUUUCCUCACGCAUGGACUAUGAAGCGCACAGCUGAAAUCCAAUCUCAGUCUUCCUGGGAGUAUCGAGACGGUAUGAAUGCGUGCUGGACAAGUAUGCAACAACUUGGCUACUUUAAGUGCGUCUAAGGAUAUUUUCUCUUUAACUAUGUUGCUAUGUUUUUACCAUCACUCCUUUGAUAAUUUCAGUUUAAACUUGGGUGAGUAAGUCUCAUUUCUCUUGAUACCACUUGCAUUUUUUUCAAUUAUUAUUUAUGCACGGUUUUUCUUGAGGCUUAUUUUAAAGAAAGGACUAAAGCUCAUAUGAUGACCACAGACCUAUCUUACACUCAUAACUAUACUAAAUAAUGAGAUUCAACUAGUGUUAUCCAAA